AUGGAACCUUGUUCUAUUCCUGUAAAGGAAGCAGACUGUAUGAACUCAACCGUUCCAAAUUGGCUUGAACUUCCAGUAAGCAUCACAACAAACAUACUUCAAAGGCUUAAUACCAUUGAUAUUGUGACAAGUGCAUGUAAAGUGUGUCCACUAUGGGAGAAUAUAUGCAAGGAUCCUCUCAUGUGGCGCACCAUUCGCAUGAGAUACAAUGACGCUUCUCCAUAUAUCUUUAAUCAUGUCGAUUUGGUCAAGAUCUGCCGGUUUGCUGUUAAACAAAGUUGUGGUCAUUUGGAAGACAUUGACAUUGAGUAUUUUUGCACCGAUUAUCUCCUUCAAUAUAUAUUUGAGAAUGGCAGUAACUUACGAUGCAUGCGGCUUGCAAAUUGUCUGAGAAUAUCAUAUAUAGGAUUCAAAAAAGCGUGGAAACUUUCAAAGUUAGAAGAGCUGGAUAUUUCGUUUUGCAAUAUAGGCGAUAAAACUUUCAAAGUUCUUGAAGUCCAUGGCAAGUCUUGUCGACUUUUAAAAUCGUUCAAAUUUGAACAAAUGAAUUAUAUGGAGCGUUCUUCUGAUUUAGAAGCUAAUGCAAUUGCAAAUACAAUGCAAGGACUACGCCAUCUUGAUAUUCAAGGAAAUAUGCUCACUAUUUUUGGGUUAAACGCAAUUUUAUAUCCGUGUCCACUGCUUGAAUCCUUAACAUUGAAAGAUGUUUUAAUGUCAAAUUAA